AUGCAAUCGCAUACAAUUCUUCCUCCGAUCAAAUUUCUCCUUGACUCGCCAAAUCAUGAUGGUAAUAAUGUUGCUGCUGUGAGCGUUUCGCCGCACAGUAAUCGUCAAUCUUUUUCUUCUGCAUCUUCCUCGCCCAUUAGUACUUCUCCCCCAAUUACACCUUUAUCUUCAUCUUUUCGUCUUCCUUCGAUGAGUCAUCAAAAUAAACAACCAAUGACAAUCGCAAAUGCGAUGAAUUUAUAUGGAAAUGGGCAAACCCAGGUUAACAUUGGUUCACUCCUUUCACCUCCGAAAUCACCCGAAGCAUCACCAUCCUAUUUUGAACAAUAUGGCACACAAAUGGUACGUCAGGAACAACAACUACGACGAUAUGCCAUGCCUCAACCAUCAUACAAUGCUUAUCCCGUGUAUGCCACAACCAUAAAGCCUUCCCCCACUUAUUCCCCGAUAAUGACCCAUUAUCAUCAGCCACAAGAACAAUAUCAUCGAUAUUUCAACCAACAUCAACAACUUUCUUAUCAACUGCAAUCCGUUCAGCUUACUCAGUUUGAUCAGUUUCGCAAUGCAUCAGCAGCAGCAAAACGCAUGGCUGCGCCGAAAUCGAUGAUUGAUGACCAAUCAUCGACUUCUUCAAACACAAAUCGAUAUCAAUGUCCUUAUUGUUCAAAACGUUUCUCACGACCAAGUUCUCUACGUAUUCACACAUACUCACAUACCGGUGAAAAACCUUUCAUGUGCACAGAACCUGGCUGUGGACGUAAAUUCUCAGUACAAAGUAACAUGAGGAGACACUUGAGAGUCCAUCGAUUGGGACGCCCAGUAAAAAAGAUGAGAUAUGAUGGUGAGGUCGAAGGUGUCAAAGUACACAUGAAUCCUGCCGCAGUGUUACGGACAUGUUAA